UCUCCCCAGCAGAGGACAGGGUGAAGAUGGCGGCCUCCGUGAAGAGUUUCUUGCGCUCCGCUAAGGGAACCGUGUCCACGCUGCGGGCGUUUCACAGGACCGUCCCGGCCGCGGUGCAGAUGAACGUCCGUGAUGCCCUCAACCAGGCGAUGGACGAGGAGCUGGAGAGGGACGAGCGGGUGUUCCUGAUGGGGGAGGAGGUGGCUCAGUACGACGGAGCCUACAAGGUGAGCAGAGGUCUGUGGAAGAAAUACGGAGACAAUCGUAUCAUCGACACUCCGAUCUCCGAGAUUGGCUUCACUGGUAUUGCAGUGGGAGCUGCCAUGGUGAGCUCACUCAACACACACGGUUAUUACACUGAGGGAAGUUAUAACCUUAUUUGUCAGCACUUAUUGAUAUUCAUCUGUCGCCCCCUGCAGGCCGGCCUCAGACCCAUCUGUGAGUUCAUGACCUUUAACUUCUCCAUGCAAGCCAUCGACCACGUCAUCAACUCGGCAGCAAAGACCAACUACAUGUCGGCCGGGCUGCAGUCGGUGCCCAUCGUCUUCAGGGGUCCCAACGGGGCGUCGGCCGGCGUCGCUGCUCAGCACUCGCAGUGCUUCGCUGCCUGGUACGCUCACUGUCCUGGUCUGAAGGUCGUGAGUCCCUGGAGCGCAGAAGAUGCCAGAGGUCUCAUGAAAGCAGCGAUCAGAGACGACAACCCCGUGGUGUUCCUGGAGAACGAGCUGAUGUAUGGCGUUGCCUUCGAGAUGUCGGAGGAGUCACAAUCCAAAGACUUCACCAUUCCCAUCGGCAAGGCCAAAGUGGAGAGACAGGGGACUCACGUCACGCUGGUGGCUCACUCUCGAUACGUCAGCUUCUGUCUGGACGCCGCUGCCGUCCUCGCCAAGGAGGGAAUCGAGUGUGAGGUGGUCAACAUGAGGACCAUCCGUCCUAUGGAUAUCGAUACUAUUGAGGCCAGUGUGAUGAAGACUAACCACCUGGUGACGGUGGAAGGCGGCUGGCCUCAGUUCGGCGUCGGAGCAGAGAUCUGCGCCAGGGUCAUGGAAGGUCCUGCUUUCAACUACCUGGACGCUCCAGCCACCAGAGUGACGGGAGUCGACAUCCCGAUGCCCUACGCCAAAAUCCUAGAGGACAACAGUCUGCCGCAGAUCAAAGACAUCAUCUUCUCUGUCAAAAAGACCCUCAACAUCUGAGACACACACACACACACACACACACAGGGGACGAUCCGACCAGAGUCCUCUUUGUCUUGCUCUCACAGACAUCGGUCAAAUAUUUAAACCUUGUGUAAAUAACAGUCAAACACUUUCUUUAAAAACUUCUCCCGACUGUUUAGAUUCCAGCCAGAUGUUGAUCGAUGAAACGCACAGAUGUUCAACCUGCUGCACCCAGAGCGGCUGACACACACGAGUUCGGUCAAGUCGUCACUUCUGUUACUCAUGUACAGACUUAACCCAACUCUGCUGUGUGUGGCUCUGGUUGCUCUGUCCACUUCUUCCUCUUCAAAAUAAAAGUAGCUUUAUCCUGUAGAUUUUUAAACUGUAUUCCUGUGACAUUUGGUGACAACAAACUUCUGAGUGAGCAUAAAAAAGGUGAAGAUUUGAUCAGUUACUUAAUUAUGCCGACACUUUGAAAGCAGCAGUGAAGAAGAAUGACCCAGCCGAUCACUGGAGGUGGAGCGUGGUCAGGAUAUUUAUUGUAGCUGCAGCAGCUCUGUGGAUGUUUUUGUUUGCUGUAAAUGACUGUUACAGAAAUAAAAACCUUUGUCCUUCA